AUGCUCCGAAGACGGGUCGAUAACCUUAGAAAAGCAUUCAUCGCCUCUGGUCCAAAAACAACACAAGCAAGCUCCAGAACUCUGUGUGUGGGAAGAAUAACUGAAGAUCUUUCUAGCGACCAGUGGCUGGUAACACCGAAAAAAUGCAGGAUGCGGGCUGCCAAAGAGAAACCAGAGUUUAAAUGGAGGAAAAGUUACGUCAUUACAAAAUAUGAAAAUUGGUUCAAUGAUAGUGCUGUUACCGAUCAGCAGACAAAGACCUCAUGGGGUGCUCCUAUUAUGUGGGAGGGGACCUUUGACCCAUUGGAACGUGAUGAAUUCUACAUUCAAAAGAAGGUGGUGAUUGGCCUGACCGUAUUUGCGAUUGGACGGUACAUUGACAGAUAUUUGAAGGAUUUCUUGGUUUCAGCAGAGCAGCAUUUCAUGAAAGGACUCCAGGUGGUCUAUUACGUGAUGGUUGACAAUGUCAGCAAAGCCCCUGAACUGCAGAUGUCUCCAGGCCGGACCAUGAACGUGAUCAAGGUUCCCAAGCAAUCUCGCUGGCAGGACAUCAGCAUGAUGCGCAUGCAGCAAAUCAAUGACCUCAUCCAGGAUAAGAUCCGUUUUGAGGUCACCUAUCUCUUCUGCUUUGAUGUUGACCAGGUCUUUGUGGGGCGCUUUGGGGCUGAAGCUUUGGCAGACUCAGUCGCUCAGAUCCACUCGGCUUUCCUCACCGCCAGCCGCAACCAAUUCACCUACGAGCGUAACCCAAACUCAGCAGCUUACAUCGCACCAGACGAGGGAGACUUCUAUUAUCACGCUGCUGUUUUUGGAGGCACACCAUACCUGGUUUUUAACCUGACUAGGAGCUGCCUGGACGGGAUCAUCAGAGACAAAAGCAAAGGUAUUGAGGCAAUCUGGCAUGAUGAGAGCCACUUAAACCGUUACUUUUUGGAUCACAAACCUGCUAAGCUCUUAUCUCCUGAGUAUUGCUGGGAUCGAAAGCCAUCCAAAUAUAUCAGAUACGUCAGGAUGAAAUGGAUGCCCAAGGACUAUAAGAAAUUACGUGACAAUUGA